AUGGAAGGCAUUUUGGAUUAUCUUACUACCAACGAAUUGGUACCUCCAAUUCGACACGGAAUUCUCUCGAAUCGUUCAUGCUUGACGAACAUGCUCCGGUUUAUGGACGGCGUAAUCUGGGCUAAAGACGAAGGGCUCAUAUCGAUUCGCCACCAAACCGGUAAAGCUCCGAACGAAUGGCUACGCAAAUGUGCUGUACUAGAAAAAGAAAAGUGGUUACACGUAAUACAAAAUUACAAAUCUCAACGGUUUUCGACAAACGGUGAGGUACUCCAAAAGUCAAGCAAAGCCGAUAUGAGGCAGUAG